CAGUCAUGUCUGUGUGAUACUACAGACUCGAGGUAGACACCUGUGGCAUGCGAGCCAACACGACCAGUACUAAACACUACGAUCGGAGCAAGCGAAGCGAGCGAGAAGUGGGCUCGGCUUAUAUAUUUCUCCCUCUCUUUCUCUCUCCCCCCUCCUCCUCUCCGCUCCUCCCUCAUCACACUCCAUCAUGGCGAUGCAUAACAAGGCCGCAGCGCCUCAGAUCCCAGAUACGCGCCGGGAGCUGGCGGAACUAGUGAAACGGAAACAGGAGCUCGCGGAAACGCUUGCAAAUCUGGAACGUCAGAUCUACGCAUUUGAAGGAAGUUACCUGGAAGAUACACAGAUGUAUGGAAAUAUUAUCAGAGGAUGGGACCGUUAUUUAACAAACCAAAAGAACUCAAACAGUAAAAAUGACAGAAGAAAUAGAAAAUUCAAAGAAGCGGAGCGGCUUUUCAGCAAAUCAUCAGUCACUUCUGCAGCUGCGGUCAGUGCAUUGGCUGGAGUGCAAGAUCAAAUAAUUGAUAAACGGGAGCCAGGCAGUGGGACAGAGAGUGACAACUCUCCUGACUUUCAAAAUCAAGAGAAUGAACCUAGCCAGGAUGAUGCAGAAGAUCUAGACGGUUCCCUGUCAGGUGCCAAACCUCAGAAAGCUGCGUCAUCGGCAAACUCUGGAGGGCACCACAGCAGUCACAAGAAACGCAAGAAUAAAAACCGGCACAGUCCAUCUGGCAUGUAUGAUUAUGACUUCGAGAUUGAUCUCAAGCUGAACAAAAAGCCUAGAUCAGAUUAUUAAUGCGGUUCCAUCUUCAUCAACAACCAAGACUUCCACUGAAAAUUAAUUUCUUCCAAGAGAUUCAACAAAUUUAUCCGAGCCAAUGACAUAUGUUUCCUGCAUAAAAUCAAUCCUACAUGAUAUUAAAUGGAUCUAAGCAGGAUGCUCACACUACUUCAAGACAGGCGUGAUUAAUUCAGAAGAGGAACAUUGCGUGUAUUGGGAUUUAAAACUUGUUUUCUGCAGCCCGUUAAGCACAAAUGUACACAGCUGUUAUUCUUUCAGUUACAGUUCGCCUAGCAAUGAGUUUUCAGAGAUGGAGGCUUAGUUUACCAAAGCAGGCAGUGACCCUUUUACUGGAUAUUUGUACACUGCUUAACUCUCUGGUCAGUCCCAUUUACCAUCUAAUAUAUCAAAGACCCCUCCUCUUUCCAUGCGGUAUUUCAUUUCUACAUUUGUUUUUCAUUUGUUAUAAAUAGCAAUUUCAAAAUGAAUUUUUCGGCUGUUAGGGAUUUUCUAAUGUGAUGCUCAAAAGUGAGACUGGUACUUUACAUAUUUACACUGUGUGUUUAAAAAUGACUAUAUUACAAUUGUGCUUGGUUGGUUCAUUGUUCUAGUACAUGCAGUAAAGAUUUUUUUUUUAAUUAUUAUUGUGAAUACGUGUACAUAUCUUUAUACUGUUAUAUUUUUUUGUAUUUGUUCGUAUGAACCAAGGCUUUUCAACUAGCAGGUCCUCAGCUUUUUGCCGACCAUCAGCGGUCUCUUCAAAGUUUCAUAAACUAUGUGUUGCGUGUGCAUUGUUUGUAAUUGCUUUAAGCCCACGAGCACGUUGGUGAUGGUUAUGCCGCCCACUUUAUGGAAAUACAUGGACAACCUCAAAAUGUAAUUCCAACUACGUACAAUGGCACAGUGUACUACUUACACUGAAAUAGAUGCUACCCGGUAAAUAGUUGUGGUAUCAGUCUUUGGGGCAAUUGUAAUCAGCAUGAAAGCCAUCUCCUUUCACCUGUCACAAGUAGACCUUAUAUAGUGGCAAACUUUUUAAAAUGUAAAAAAAAAAAUAUUCACCAUCAUUUUUUGCUAAUUCUUCCUCUGUUGUCACCUAUUACUUUCAUCUAUGUUACUUACAUUUUGUAAUACUGACAUUGGCAGAUUAUGUAAAGGAAUGUGAAAUAUUGCAUUGAUUAGUGGUUUUGCCCUCCUAUUUUUAAUAUAACAACUGUUUUGCUAGCUUUUGAACUUCUGUUGUUGAAGGAACAAUGCUUGAUAUAAACAGGAUACAUUUUAUUUUGUUUUAAAAAUUGUGACAUUUUAACUUGAGGAGGAGGUUGUCUCUUUAGCUGUAAUGCCUUUAUUUCACUCUGAAGAGAUUUAUUCGACAUGUACUUAGAAGACAUGGGUCGACAGGUUUUGAGGAUUCCCUUGACACCCGGUAAACAAAGUUUACAAAGUUUUGAACAACAAUAUCUUGUCACUAUAUGUUUUAUUUCUGUCGACAUAAGCUCAAAUACUUCAAUUCACUGUGGAUCUGCAAAAUAAACAGCACACUAUUUACUAA